UGGGCGCCGACAGGGACCCGCGCCGCGCCGCGCUCCUUGGGGACCCCGCGGGCGGCUGGAGCCCGGCGCUCGCCUCCUGGAAGCCGCGGGUCGGCGCUCGCCCCCGAGGGCGCCCCGGCCUCCGCGCUCGAACAGAAACUGCUCUUCCAUUGAUUGGGCCCCGUUGGGCGAGCGGCCGGUGCGUGUGCCCCGAGCGAGCGCGUGCGGAAGGCAGAAGGGCAGGAAGUCGGACUUGUGCAGCGAGGGUGGCGGCACCGCGCAGGAGACGAGCCUUCCUCAUUUAUGUGUCUGCCGGCCUUCGCCUUCUUCGCCCCAAGACUUCAGGAGCGUCUCCGCGCUGCGUUCCCCGCGUGUGAGGCACGGAAGGGCUGGAUGUCUGAACAACAUGAUUAUCCAUUAACCUCCAAACUUUCCUUUUUUUAACCCAAAGAAUAUCGGUGAUUUUUGUCCACUGCUAGCAGAAGAAGAGAGAACCCAGGGCUCCUGAAAUGCAGCAAAAUCCUUAUUUAUAAACAGGCCCGAGAUAGUGAUAUGCAAACCCCCUGUACUCAGUGAAUUUUCUAUCCUAUGGAUAUCGGUCUUGCGAUUUGAGAUUGGAGAGCAGUACUGUCUGCACUGGGUCCGGCAGCCUCCAUACUUUCAAUGCCCAGUUUCCUCUGGGACUGCUGGCCUUCCCUGGAGAUCAGAGCGGUACUGUGUGCCAUGGGCUGUAUUCAGAGCAUCGGGGGCAAAGCCAGAGUCUUCCGGGAAGGUAUCACGGUGAUUGAUGUGAAAGCCUCUAUCGACCCCAUCCCCACCAGCAUCGAUGAGUCCUCCAGUGUGGUGCUCCGCUACCGGACACCCCACUUCCGUGCCUCGGCCCAGGUGGUCAUGCCACCCAUCCCCAAGAAAGAGACCUGGAUUGUCGGCUGGAUUCAGGCGUGCAGCCAUAUGGAGUUCUACAACCAGUACGGGGAGCAGGGCAUGUCCAGCUGGGAGCUCCCAGACCUCCAGGAGGGCAAGAUCGAGGCCAUCAGUGACUCAGACGGGGUGAACUACCCCUGGUACGGCAACACCACGGAGACGUGCACCAUUGUGGGCCCCACCAAGAGAGACUCCAAGUUCAUCAUCAGCAUGAACGACAACUUCUAUCCCAGCGUCACGUGGGCCGUGCCCGUCAGUGAGAGCAACGUGGCCAAGCUGACCAACAUCUACCGGGACCAGAGCUUCACCACGUGGCUGGUGGCCACCAACACCUCGACCAAUGACAUGAUCAUUUUGCAGACGCUGCACUGGCGCAUGCAGCUCAGCAUCGAGGUGAACCCCAACCGGCCCCUGGGCCAGCGCGCCAGGCUGCGGGAGCCCAUCGCCCAGGACCAGCCCAAAAUCCUGAGCAAGAACGAGCCGAUACCGCCCAGCGCCCUGGUCAAGCCCAAUGCCAACGACGCUCAGGUCCUCAUGUGGCGGCCCAAGUACGGGCAGCCGCUGGUGGUGAUCCCGCCCAAGCACCGGUAACAGCCAGGGUGCCCUGCUAGGCUAGACUCGAAUAAUCACGCUGCUCCAACAACACCCACACGGACUCUUCCGUCAUUCAGCAAAAUACAACCACUCUACCUUUUCGAGCGGGCGGAUCUCACUGUGCAAAUGCCCCGGGAUGGCCUCCCCCAGCCCUCUUGGCACCUGCUUCCUUUCGGGGACGGGGAGGCCCGGCCGGGACACCCAACCCCACGUCCCCCCUUCACCUUGGGUCUCCUUUCCUGGCAAUUCCAGUCAUUCACUUGCAAGACUCCCCGAAACAACUGCUUUUUCAGUUCUUCUUCUCCUUUUUUUUUUAAACACCUCUUUUAGAGGUUCAGGGGCAGGAGGAGGCCGAGCUGGUCAUGACCCUGACCGGCAGCUGCUGCUGCUUGGUGAGUGGCGGCCCCCGUGGCAGCUCCCCUCGUCGUCCUCCCUCACGCGGCCUUACGUAGACUCGCUUUGCCAAACUUUUGCCUUAAGCUGAAUUUAAAGGAAAAAGCCCAAAACAGACAAAGAAAGCAGGAUCUCUUUUCUACUGGACUGUUCAUCUUCUGCAAGAGGUGAGGGAGGGUGCAGGGGGACAGAUUGAGGCCUAAAACCAGCUGCUCAUUCUUUCGUUUCAGCAGAAACGAAACCAGAAACCAGACCGACCGCCUAAAGAGCCCCUUCUCUCAGGCUCGGGUGGAAACCGCCUUCCCCAUACCUGUGGAGAAGGUAUCUGUGCGCUCCCACGGCGGGGAUCUGCCGGGGCCGCUUCUCUCCUCUCUCUUCUGGCAGCCUUAACUUGCCUGGGGCGGACCUGGGAGCAGAGAGGGAGGGUUGAGCCCCGGGGGUUCUCGCCAUCUCAGUCCUCAGCACCCAGCCACAGAUGGCUCCUCAGGCACAUCUAAGUGUCGUGUGGCUCUUCCUUUUCUGUCCACACUGGCCCCAAAUGCCUGGAGGGCUAGCCACCUUGAGCCAGAUGUAGUUCGAAGGUAAGAAAGGCAGGCAACUUCCCUCCUGGCUCCUUCUCAGGGGAUGCCCCUCCCAGGCGCUCUGGGAGAAGCUGCAGACAGGCUCUGGGCGCCAGUGUUGGCAGUGGGGGGAAGCUGCCCGGGGGGGCACCCGAGGAUAGGCGGUCCUGGAUCUAGGGAAGCCGGGGAGGCCAUUAGCAGACAUCCCCCGCUGCUUAUCCUCAAGGAAGCAAACGAGGGCCUCAGGCUGGCGGGGGUGACACGGAGCCGUGGUUGACAGGCAUUGGGGCCGCUCUGGAGGCUGGUCGGGACAGUGUGGCCAGUCUGGAGGGUCACCAUCCCUUGGGUCCAGGGUCUUCUAGAGCCCGAGGAUGGUCCUGAGCGACCCCAAGCUUUCUUAGUAAUGUCUGCCUUGAAGGACAGGGGUGGGGGGACACCCUACAGAAGCCCCCUUCCUCAAGCUUGCCAACCCCCACAGUACUUCACCUGGCCCUGCAUUCAAACUUAGACCCAAGCACAGGAAACCAUCAGAAAAGAAAAAUAAUUCAUUUCUGCUGCAGAUGAGCCACUUGUUAGGAGUCCCAGUGACAAGGUGGGAGGAUGUGGGUCACCUUGCUCUGCUCCUUUACCCACGUGGGAUUGUACUUACUCCAGGGGUGCUUAAUGUCCCGUCUGUCUCCCACACCCUGCUCCUGACAGCGGGCCCGCAGCUAUCCUGGGACAACUGGACCGGAAACAUGCCUGUGUCGCCAGCACCAGCGUGCUGCUUGGGGAACCCCUUUGUCAGGUCCAGGACCUUCCCCCUGGAAACUGCCUGUUCCCCUUGGUGUGUACGGAGACCCAGUCACCCAGGAGGCCACAGCCUCGAGUGAGGGGGAUGACGGGUCCCAGCUCUACCUCUGGGGAAGGGACAGGGAGGGGCCAGGCUGACAGCAUCCUGCUGCCAUGCAUAGGACCUGGCCUCCUAAUGGAGCGGCCCUUCUCUGCACUCAGGUCUUUCUUGCACUAAAAAAGGAGGAAGGGCCCUGGGCGAGGGGUCAGGAAGCUAGAGUUCGGGUCCCGGGCUUGGUCGUCACUAAGGGAUUCUCACUGCGCUAGGGAGUGGGAGCAGGAGAGGGCAGUUUAAGGAGAGGUCCUGAGAUGUUGGGGGCAGAGUCCCUCAAACACAGCCCUGCUGAGAGUGAGCAAGCUCUCUUGCCAGGGACCAGCGCUGUGCCCACUGGGAGGGGGCGAAGCUGUUCCGACUACCUCCCCCGGCCUGCCGCAUGCCUGGGCCCCAGCUCACCUUGCUCCCUGACUCACCCCGCCUCUCCUGCUCCCCUUUCUCUCUGUCCCUCCUGGCCUUUCUGAAGAUGGGGCUGGAAAGACCGUGGAGAGGCUGCAGGCCCGCCCAAGGACACCGGGCUUCACUGGGGUCUGGUCCCUGGGCCUCCUCCCUGUCAGGAGCACAGACCCCAGGCUUCUCCCAUGGGUCCCCAAUCCCUCUGGUGUCCCCCUCCCCUGGCGUGGACACACUCCUCCAGCAAUAAGGACCAUCCGUGGUCGUGGAGAGUACUGUGAAAACAAACCAAUGCACUUACCAGGAGGCACGAGACUCUUGAAGAACAUGUAAAAUUAACCUUUUUAAAAAAGAAACAACGAAUAUUCACAAAGAGAAAUAAAAUGUAAUUUUAAAGUA